AUGUGCCACGGAGAGUACCAUGCUUCUGUAAAUCUACAACCCUACCCAUCUGGACGGAAUCGGGACAUGUUUGUUGCGCCGCCCAUCUCUGAAGGAGGGACAGAGACAGUUGCCGCGCCUCAGCGGCGGCCUGCUCUGGUCUCGUCUUCCACAACAGCACGCAGAGAUGCGGUGCCUCGGGGGGCCCGCAGGGAUGAGCGGGCAGUAUAUUCGAGGCGCUCAGGGGACGUGGCUGGGUUUUUCUUUAAGGACGGGCAGCUCAGCACCAGAGCAACUGCUCCGGGUGGCCUCCUGGCGCAGCUGCAGUCAGGCGAUGAGCCUUGUACAGUAUUGGCAGACUGCCAGGAGCCUGGAGCGGGGGACGUGGUAGUUGAAUGGGGCCUAAUAAGGGACCAUUUGGACAAAAUAAACAGGCUUGGCAGCGCAGAGGUGUCGGUGGAGGCUGCCCCCAAGGCGCUGUUCGACAGGACGACGAGCUCGCCAUGUGGGCAGCUUGCCUUGCUUCGCCGGGGUGCUCAGGGGUUAAUAAGUGGGCAGGCACCCGAAGUGGCAGCAGAUGGCUCUGAGGUGGAAGGCACCUUUGCACCACCUGAUGGGCAUGACACUGUGCCAGCUGACGGCCUCGCUUUGGGUCGUGCUCAGGGCAGCACAGGGCCAGCUCAGGAUGUGUGCCAGAGUCAGCUGUCUACUGCGGCGGGGCAGCCUCACACAAACUGCAGCUUGCAGCCUGACGGCAAGCGGACGGGUGUGUUUGACAUCAAAUGUGAAUCUAGGGCAGACGAGGGCAGCGGCCCUGUGGUAAAGAUGCAGGGCAUGUGCCCAAGCCAGCCAAACGCCUUAUUAGCAGACCCUGUGCUGGCAGCUAAGGGCCAGAAGGAAUGUGAGCCAAUGGGUUCGCAGUGUGGCCAGUUGGGGAUGGGGAACCGAAGAACAGCAGCAGAUGCUGGUGGCGGUAAGGAGACUUAUCCAGGGAAGGCAGGAGAAGUGCAGUCGAUGGUGGAUGAGCUGUUGAGUGCGACAUCGUCUGCUCUUGACACCAACUUGCAGACCUCGGUGGAGCUUUCAUCGCUGAAGUCGAAGUUUCAGUCGCUUUUGGACGACAUCCAUGCGAUGCAAAGCUCUGUUGGGAGCAGGACAGCAGCACCACAGCCACAGGGCGCAGGGUGCAAGGAUGUUGCUGCUUCGCUGCACCCAACACCAGGAAUCGUCAAGGCCUGCAGCAGAGCAAGCAGCCAGGAGAUGGAUGUGGCAAGCGUCUCGUUUGCUGGUGGCGACAGCGACUCUAAUCAAGACCUGUCAGAAGAUUGGGACUCAGAUGUCUUGGAGGCGGCCAGCCACAGCGAUGAUGAUGCCAGUGGCGAGGACAUUUGGUCCGAAUGGUCGUAUGAUGCUGAAGAGGCUGGCGCAGCUCGUACUUCAGCCAUUGCUGCAGCCAUGUGUGCAGGUCUGGAUUUCCAGAGCAGUCCCUCUGUUGGGGGGCCUGGCACUGAUGCUGUUGCAGGCGAUGACCCCAUUCGAGGCCUUGUGUCAGUGAGCUCUGACGAGUCUCUGACCUGCCUGGUCGAGCGAGACGCUGCACUGGUGAGUCUCUACCGUGACGACCCCCAGGCAUGUGCCCUUGCGGGCAGGCAGGAAGCCAACUCUCCCGAUAUGAUGGACUGCAUGCGAUGGUGGUCCCCACUGCUGGGCGCUGAGGAGAUUGGCCAGGGUGAGGAGGAUGGCCAGCAUGACCAACCAGCAUCUGUGUGCGGUGACCACUCUUGCCAGUGUGACGUAAUGGAGGCUGUCAUGGACUACAGGAGCAAGUGUGGUGGACCAGAAGAGGUGGCCAUUGUGACGCCUGCCGUGAGCAAUGCGUUUGGAACGGCUAAAACUGUGGCCUGCGAUUGGCAGAAUUCGUUCUGCCUGCCCCGUGAAAUCUUUAUCGCUGUGGACAAAGGAUUCGAAGAAGCACUGCGGGUUGGAGCAUUCAAUCAUUUUGAGGGGUGGGAGUGCCGGGAAGCUGAGGAUUGGAACGUGGGAUUGUGCAUGGGAAGUAACUGUGCAGAAAUGAUUCGUGGGUAUGCUGGAGAGAAGGACCUGGCGCUCGUCUGCGCUGGCCACAUUGGAUGCUCAAUGAAAAGUCAUGACGGGUGUGCUGACAGCGGCACUUGUCCAACGUCAAAGAGGGGUUAUGCCCUGAGUGAAAUGGAAUACAUUGCUCCACAGGGGCAGCGGCCUCAAGAAUGGUCGCGGAUCAUCAUCACAGAUUACAAGUUGUUCUUGGACAGCUGGUCUUCUGCCACAGGUUCGGGAAUUGUUGGUGGCAGCACUGCCAUGGUGUUGCCACCGCCUUGGUCCCCUGCUGGGCUGAGAGGACGGGUGGCAGCUGCACCACAGCUGUCCUGGAUCAGGCCUAAUGCUGCCGACCUCGUGCUGGCUGAUGGACUUGAGGUCACCGCGCUCACCGCAAACCUUUCGCCACGGAGGUCUGCCCUCAUGCUGGGGCCUCCUCGAGGCUUCGCUGAUGUGAGGAGAUUGUCCCUGGCAGGGCUGCGUCCUGACACACCCCAUAGGCUACUGGGGGCGCCAACGGAUGCCUGCAUCCAUGUGGACAGCCCUCUGAACAUGCCAUGGUUCUCCAGCAGCCUUCUGCAGAAGGUGCAGCUGGACCAGAACCCUCUCCCGAUCUCACAGGACGAUGUGAACAAAGACGACGUGAGCAGUGGGGGAGAGCAGGAUGGGGACAGCUCUGAGGACAACGACACCAUCAGUGCAUCCGGCUGGGAGCCAGGCCUUUGGGGCACUGACUGCAAAGCUCUGAGGGUCGCUGGCUACCGCCUGAACAGCUGCGACCUGGCUGCUUGGGGAAGCAGCAAGCGGGGUCUGCCCAGGACUGGGCACUCGGACACCAGAGCGAUGAUGCAGUACAGUGUGGGAGGCAUGCCAAGGAAGUAUGACGGCCGCGGGAUCUGCACUCUGCAGAUUUCGAUGGAGCGCCCAGCAAGGGGCGCCGGCGGCAGACUUCAACAUGGAAUGUGCAUCCACAACACUGGAAACGGGCAGACCUGCGUGUGGUGUACGCCUGCCUGGAAGCAAAAGGUGCAGCUGAGGAGCCUUGUGGAUACCGGCGCCCAGAACUUCUGGAGUCUGUUGUGCAGAAGGACCCAGAAUGCCUGCAAGCUCUUCAUGCAUUGGUGGGCAGUGCGGGUCGAAAAGAGGUUCCGCGACUUCCAGUUUGGCGUUUUUAAUUGA